AUGGCGGGGAAAUCAGAGCAGAAGUCACGGAAAGAGAGGCGGAAAGAAGCGAGAUCAAAGAAGCACAAGCUGUGGUUUCUCUCUUGGGUUGAGCAUCAGGGUGGCAAAAAGAAGAAGCCGGCAAUACCAGUAGUAAAGCCAAGAGAAGAAGAGAAAGAGGGAAGCGAUGGGUGGCCAAGCCCAAGUCCAACUUCUAGGAAUAUCUUUGAGAUGGAGAUGGGUGGAGCUGUGAGCAUGGAGGAGGAUCUAGAGAUGGAGAGGAAGCUUGAGAAAAAGCUCAAGGUGAAGAAAGGAAAGUUGGGAGGUCCGGAUGAUGGUAUGGAUGAACUUUUUGCAGACCUUGGGUUUGGUGGCAACUUUGGUUCAGAUGAUGAAACAAAAGCAUAUGAUUGGAAUGUGGCGGAUGACACUAAUUUAGACAAGAAAAAAGGUAAAAAGAAAAAUAAGAAGGCGAAGAAGGAUGACACAGAGAUGGAGGAACCAGAUGAUAGGGGUGAAGAGAAUGGUCGGAAAAAGAAGAAGAAGAAGAUGAAGAAGGCUGGUAUGGAAACGAAGGAACUGGAUGAUGUGGGUGAAGAGAACGGUCGGAAAAGGAAAAAAGAAGAUGAGGAUGACUCAGAGAUGAACGAACCAGAUGACGAAGGUGUUGACAUGGAUGAAGAGAAUGGUGGAGCAGUUCUGGAAUCUGAGGAUGGAGAGCCUAAUGUGGUUGAACUGCCCACAGAAUCAAAAGGGAAGUAUGUACCUCCGAGUUUGAGUAAUGCUUCCAAUUCAGAAUCAGAAGAAAUUGCCCAGAUGCGUCGCAGAGUAAGAGGACUUCUGAACAGACUUUCAGAGUCAAACGUGGAGUCCAUUACUCAGGAAAUUGCCACGCUUUUUCGAUCUGUUCCACGAAGUGUUGGCUCUCAGAUAAUCGGGGAUGAAGUUUUGGCUAGUUAUUCCCGAGGACCUCGCGGCAAUGAACAAUAUGCUGCUGUGUUUGCAGCCUUUGUUGCAGGCAUGGCAUGCUUGGUUGGUAUUGACUUCAGUGCCAAGAUCCUUGCCUCUAUUGCUAAGUCGUUUGAGGAUGAGUACUCAAAAGAAGAUGGUCUAUCUCUGAGAAAUCUUACCUUACUCUUCUGCUAUUUGUGUAUAUUUGGUGUCAUCUCAAGAGUACCGUACCCUCUUUUUCUGUCUCUGAGUGAAGCUGGGAGUUUGCUUUCAUCUAAAUGGGCAGGCUGUGGAAUGAAGCUGAGGGGAGAUGAUCCAGGUACUAUGAAAGAUUUUGUCCUUAGUAUUCAGAACUCUGUGAAUCAGCUUAAAUUGCACUCUGGUGUUCGAGAAGAUGGGAAGACUGAUAUACGUAGCAGAAGAAUGGAAUUUAUGCUUGAGACCAUAUGUGACAUUAAGAACAAUAAGAAAAGGCCUAAAGAGGAUCCUUCACACCAUACUCGAAUAAAAAAGUGGCUUCAAAAGCUUAAGGCAGAAGAUGUCCUCUUGGGUGGGCUAACAUGGAGUAGGCUUUUGGACCCUGAUAAGAAAGGGCAAUGGUGGUUGUCUGGGGAUGUUCCAUCCACAGUAGCUAAUGUCGAAGAUGUUGCAGCUGUUACAAGCAAGGAUGUUGUAGAGACACAAAAACUUCUUCAGCUUGCAGCUGCUCAGCGGAUGAACACUGACAUACGAAGAGCAAUCUUUUGUAUUAUAAUGAGUGCUGAAGACUAUGUAGAUGCUUUUGAGAAGCUCUUGAGGCUGGGCCUUUCUGGGAAGCAGGACCGAGAAAUUAUAAGGGUCAUUGUUGACUGUUGUCUGCAUGAGAAGAUGUUCAAUAAGUAUUACACAGUCCUUGCUUCCAAGCUAUGCAACCAUGAGAAAAAUCACAAGUUCAGCUUGCAGUACUGCAUCUGGGACCAUUUUAAGGAGCUAGAUAAUAUGGAGUCAAGUCGAUCCAUGAACCUUGCAAAACUAGUUGCAGAGAUGCUGUCAAACUUCACGCUCUCCCUCGCAACUCUGAAGGUGGUUAACCUGGCCAACCCAGUGGAGAUGACUCCAGCAAGGAUCUCACAUUUCCAGAUGCUGUUUGAGACCUUACUACAGAAAGAUGACGCACGGGUGUGGAAUGUCUUUACUCGUGUCGCCGGUCUUCCGGAGCUCGAGAUAUUGAGGGAUGGCAUUGUGCUGUUCAUCAAGCAGCAUGUGAUGGCCGAGGACACUGGGAAGGACUUGGCUGGCAAACUCAAGAUUGCAAAGAAGGCGCUUGACAAUACUGCUGGAGUUCUGAUGUAG